AUGUCUUCAAAAAUAACGCCCAACACUGUCUCCCCUCCGAAGAAAGUCAGGGUUGGCGUCCUCGGUGCUACGGGGACCGUUGGACAACGAUUCGUUACUCUUCUUUCCGAACAUCCUUGGUUCAUCAUUGAAGCAUUGGGAGCAAGCGAAAGAAGUAAAGGGAGAAAGUACAGAGAGGCUGUCAAAUGGAAACAAACCAUUCCAUUAGGGGGCUUGGCUGCUGAUCUGAUCGUAAAAGGCUGCACACCUGAAGAGUUCAAGACUUGCCAGCUUGUGUUCAGCGGUCUCGAUGCCGAUGUCGCUGGAGAUAUUGAAUAUGCCUUCCGAGCUGCGAAUAUCCCCCUCUUUUCUAACGCAAAAAACUAUCGUCGGGAUCCCCAUGUUCCUCUGAUCGUUCCUCUCGUUAAUCCUUCUCAUUUUUCUAUCAUUCCUCAGCAGCAAUCGCUGCAUUCACCUCUCCUUUCCAAGGGAUUCAUCGUAACCAACGCUAAUUGCUCUACUACUGGCUAUGUCAUUCCCCUCGCCGCACUAGAAAAGGCAUUCGGUCCGAUUGAAAGUGUCCUGGUCACCACAAUGCAGGCGAUCUCCGGUGCCGGGUAUCCGGGUGUCCCCUCUCUCGAUAUCCUCGGCAAUGUUGUACCGUAUAUCGGAGGUGAAGAGGAAAAAAUCGAGUGGGAAACACUCAAGAUUCUCGGUGGAAUCACCGAUUCCGAAAACGAAACUGAUAAAAAUGGUGCACCGCUCAAAACGUUCGACAUGCACCAGGCCGGGGGUAGGCCUGCGUUGAGGGUUAGCGCGUCUUGUAAUCGGGUUCCAGUAGUUGACGGCCAUAUGGAGUGCGUGUCACUUAGAUUCCACCGACGGCCACCACCUUCUCCUCAGCAAGUGCGGGAAGCUCUGUCUGUCUUCACUCCUGAGAUUCAAAGCUUGGGAUGUCCAUCUUCACCUCGAAAAGCCAUUGAAGUCUUUGAAGAGCCUGACAGACCCCAGCCUAGAUUGGAUGUCAAAGGCACUCACAACGGCGCAGGGGUUAGUGUGGGUAGAGUUCGACAAUGCCAGGUCUUGGAUAUUAAAUUUGUGGUGCUUUCGGAUAAUGUCAGCAUCGGUGCUGCAACAAGCAGCAUUAUCAAUGCUGAGUAUGCCGUUCUUAAAGGCAUUGUUUCGUGA